GUCCCGGGGACAAUGAGGCCACGCUGCUGGCUGCCUGUCCUUCCCCCGCCCGCCGCGGCUGCUCCCGCCAUCCCUCCCCCCCUGCCUGCCUCCCGCCCAUCCGCGCCUGUCGCCUCCCGCUGUCACCCAGCUCUCCCGGCGCGGGGUCCCUUCUCCCUGGCACUGCUUGGCCGGGAAAGGAGCCUGACUCAUCCCGGCUGGGAGCCGGCAGAUGCCCGAGGGAGCAGUCUCAUCCCGUCGCCCUGCACCCGUGGAAGAAGGGCAUCGCUGCUCCGGACUCACCUCACACCCGCCUGGUCAGAGGUUCUUGGCAAAGCAGACCAGCUGCUCCUGCCAUGCCCCACUUCUUGGAUUGGUUUGUGCCCGUGUAUCUGAUGAUCUCCAUACUCAUCCUGGUGGGCUUUGGAGCUUGCAUUUACUACUUUGAACCAGGACUCCAGGAAGCCCACAAGUGGCGAACACAGAGGCCAAUCAUGGAGCGAGACCUUCGGAAGACACUGAUGAUUCGGGACAACCUGGCCUUUGGGGUGCCUGAGGUCUGACAAGUUGCCCAUCACAGCCAGAGGAAUCUCUCCUGGGUAGGCAGCAGAACACAAGCCUCACUAGGGAUGGCAGUCCUGCCAUGGUACAAGUGCAACUGCUCAUCACUUUGCUCUGUGCUGAUCUGGGUCUCAUAUUCGUCACUUACCAUUCUGCCCCUUUGCUUCUCAGUCAAGAUUUGUGUGGCUGGGGCUUCCCAAGUGCUCACAGCUCUUCAGCCAGCCAAGGACUUCUGUUCCUUCCCAUGGCCAAGACUGAUGAACCACUCAAAUGAAAUAUCCCUUGUUAAUCACUUGAGUUUGAGCUGCCUGGCAUCUUGACAGGACCUUCAGUAGGAAAGGUACCAGCUUUUGCAAAGGGAUACAGAACCUUGUACUCCUAUUCCCUAGGUUAAAUCUAACACAGUCUAAGUCCAAGUGGUAUUUUGGGGAAAAUAAAUGGGGUUUCAAUACAAAUAGUUGCUUCAGUUGAGCUCUUCCCAGCACCCACUCUUGGUGCUAAGAUGGUGAGCUUGCUGAAGCUCUGUGCAGAGGGACCAAGGGCUCAGUGAGCCUCAGAAGACUGUAUGCCUUUAUCCUUGCUAAAUGCACACCCCUUCCAUGUCUGUUUGGGAGAUGGUGAACAUCCAUACAUCCAUUCCAGAUGCACCACAUUCAAAUUAAAGGUCUUUAUUAAAGAGGUUUGUUCAAGUCCUGUGUCAAGCUG